CGUAUGACUCUGGCAAGGAUGUCUCCAGGAUGCUGGAGGCCAAUAGAGUUCAUCUGCAAUCUGGUCUUGAGGAGAUUAAAGAGAACUCCACAAAAAUCAUCCAAGCCAUAACGUGGCACAGGUCUACUUCGUCUCAAUCUUCAUCUUGUAAGAGUUUCCUCGCGUCCGGUUCCAAAGGUUCCUCCACAUGGACAGAAUUUAAGAACGAUCUCUUUGAUGAUUAUGGAGGAAUGGAACCAGGAAGCCAUUCACUGAGGCUAGGAAGGUUAUACGCUUGGGAAAAGAAGUUGUACGAAGAAGUUAAGGAUAUCACUCUCUGUAGAUUUCAAAAGCUCGCGAUUUUGAUGAUUUGUUUCCUAUAAUCGAUCAUGAAGGAAAAUCUUCAACGGAACCAAAAAUCUACGCCAGUCUUCUGUGGAAGCAACUCAACCACCUUGGGUAAG